GUGAACUCAUUAGCUACACCUCCAUUGCCCCCACACAUGCUGGCUCAUCGCCAUCAUCGGCCUCAUGCCCUUGCAUGGCCUGCCUGAGGUAGCACGUGGGGCGGUCGUUGUGUCUUCAGCGUUUUCCGUGCUCGUGUCGACUGCAGGCUUAGCUUUGCUUCGAGGCACAAGGCCAAGUGAAGUGGAGCGAUUGCAGAGGUAUGCCGAUGCAGGCUCUCCAAUCCAACAAUGGAUUCUUUGGCAUGUCCUUGGAGUUUUCGGUGCAUUGCUGCUGUACAUAGGUCUAGUUCUGAGCUCCAUACCAAUGCUCAUGGGUGUGUCAGCUGAUGACGAGGGCAAGACUGCGGCCAUUGUGCAGCAAACGUUGGUGCUUGUUUGUUGGUUGACUGAGCGCUACUUGGUGGAAGGCCGGCCAUUGCCACUCAUGCAGAGCUGCCUGUGUGCUUUGAUUUGGUUUGGAUCUACAGUUGUUGAGUGGGCUGGGCCCAGACCUUAUGACAACAUGAGCCUUGGGUUACCAGGUCAGAUUGCAGGCUGUGACGGUGGCUACAGAUCACCCUUUCUGAUUUACGCCUCGGUAUGGCUCACAGGGCUGACCUUCGGCACCUUGUUGCUCUUUUGCGAGGAAGGUACUACCUUAGUCAGCUGCGUUGAUCCUAGCGAUGAUGAGGCUGCAGCAGCACCGGACCCUGCACAGGAGAAAACGCGAAGGCUCCAGCCAUUUAGAAGAAAGGUGCUCCCAAUAGUUUAUGCGAUGGCAACAUCAAUGUCGGGCAUUGUGUUUGCUACUGGAACUGCUGGCAAUGACAUGCGCUACAUCACGGCGGGCGCCGUGCUACUGGUCAUUGCUGUGCUUUGUGCCUGGGACUUUCUGUGGCGCUUGGAGCUUCCUCUUAGCACCUGGGGCGCUGUCUUUCAGGGAUUUACCACUUCUUUGCGAGUGGUCCAGAGCCACUUUGUUUUCCGCGAUUUCAGGUGGGAUCCUGAAGACAUGCAUGGAAUUUUAAUUGUUUACAAGUUUCCUGGCCUUCAGUUUUUCAUGACAGGCAUGUUUGUGCUUUUCGUUUCGCUGCAGUUGUACAUGUACACGUGUUCCUGGCCUGAAUGGAGCGCUGGGGAGCAGGCACAAACCUCGCUCCACUUGUCCUCCUUAUCCAGAGAUACCCGGGCGGAGAGUCUUGACGAAGGUUCCAGCUUCUCGCACGGCCGACUAUGCAGGGGAAGCCGCCUGUGGCAAUGGCUGCUACUUCCGUUUUGCAUGCUUUGCAUUAUCGUUGGCACUCACAUACCACUGAUCCAGACGGAGUUCACACUUCCGGACAUCAAGUGGCUGCACAAUGCGGCUGCGAUUGAAAGGUUUAAGUCAAACCACACACCGGGAUACGGACAUCGGUUCACGGACGGUGAUGCAUAUAUCGAUGUCAUUACUUGGCUGUACGACAGUCGACUGCCAUGCUCUGCUUUUGUGGUCAGCUACAACGCGAUGAUUCUUCCUCCUGUACAAUUCUUGCUCUUCUUCUUCAUUCUUCUCCGGCCAUCCUUCAUCCCUGAGGAGCUUUAUUGCUCCAUGCAGGCCUAUGUAAUGAACUUGGCCCCAAUGCGCUUCACGCAGCCCUGUAUCAUGAUGCUCAUUGUGGGAAUUGCCAACAUGCCUGGUCCAGGGGACACAUUGUUUGGAGGAUGGUUCACCCAUGGCUACUGGUAUUUCAUUGCGUACUGUACGAGCGCAAUCCUGCUAGCAUGGUCAGUUCAACCCAGCGAAGAGGACACUGGAAAAUAUGCAGCUGCAGAUGAUUCCUUUCCCUGUGAGUCUGUGUGCGAGAAGGGCAUCAGUUCGGUGCCAGCAACUGGCAAUGGGAACAGCAACGGGGUGCACAAAGAUGGUGAUUCAGCCCGGGCACUGAUGGCAAAGUACAAGCAAAACACAGGCAACAAUGGUGACGAGGACUCGGACGAGCUUUCGGAGGCUUCUGAUGGGGGCGACGUUUGUGCAAAGAAACCAUUUGAGGUAGCUGCAUGUGUCAUGGGUGGUGGUGUGGUGGUUGCUACGGCAUACCUUGCAUUGACACAGACUUACCUGAAUAUUGAGUACAGACUGUCAGGCUUGGCAAUCCAUGGAAUCAAUCCGUCGGUCAUUGAUUUAUGGUUCAGCAUUGGUUCAGUCAGCAGGUUCUUGAUGCUUUUUGCCAUGACGACUAUGGUUCUCCUACCUGGCCUUUGGCUCACACUCUUUGCGAUACGCAUGAUCAACGACUCCGUCAACGAGAAAAGUGAUUUUGUGCGCUGGGCACGAUACCUUGAACCAAUCGUACGGCCAUGGGUAUUGUGCCAUAUUUGGUCCGCCUCCCUUUGUCUCGUGUACUACAUGGUAACUGCCAGGAAUAAGGCAACCACAGAAGUUUGUGCAACAUUUCCAGAAACACCGACCGGUAUUGUUGCCAUACUCUGUCUAGGUGUGGGAAUGUACGGCCUGAUUGCUUAUGCGAAGGCAGUCACACGCCCGAAGCACCUUCCCAAGUACAGCAGCGUACCGCAACUUCCAGGCGGAUUUUUCAUUUGGGGUUUGGGACCUAUGGCAUGCAUGGCAUUUUGGGCCUCUUUACUGUACAGUCAUGGCCCUGUACGACCACCCACACUGUCGACCGUGGAUGAUGUGAACAGUGCGCUAUCGAAGCUCCUCCCUGAUGUGAAUCGACAGCUUCACAAAAACAUCAAGGACAGUGCGGGAGACUGCGAGGCGCUUUGGGACUACCGGACACUGAAAGGAGAAGUUCUGUUCUCCAGCCCGCUCUCCGAGAUUCACAGGAGUUGCCAAGGUGACGCACCCCUGGCACACAUGAGCUCGGAUCGAGGAGCUGUCGGUACCGACAUCACUGUUCUUUGGGCAACCGGUUUGAGAUCCAUGGAGAUAGCAGAUAUGGUGGUUACCCCUCCGGCUGACAUGUCGGCUCCUGUCCAGCCGUGGUUCAUCACCCUCUCUGCAAUGUUCACAGAUUUGCAUGUCUACAUGAAAGUCAUCGUAAACGGCAAGGAGUGGCUCAAGGACUACAUGUGCUGUGACAAGACACUUCACUUCACUCUCAAGGUUUCGGCCGAGUGCCAUGUCGGUUUUGGCUUCAGUGCUCUUCACUUGGAGCUUCUCAACAUGGACAAAGUCAACUUCGUCCAGAAAACCCAGAUGAUUUUGGAUUCAGGCGCGUCUGCUUCAUUUGAAAUGGACUAUGGUACUUCAGCCACAGUGGAGAAAGCUAUCGCCAACUUUCUGACCUUGAAGGCAAGGCGUUCAGAGGCCAAGCAUGUGGUAAUCUAAGCAAGCCAGUGUUGUGGGUCAAUGUCACACUGCGCUUGACAUUUGCAGACCGGCAACUUGCUCAUGAGAAACUCGGACGGAUCGACAACAGAUACUCUGCAGACUGCUGGCGAGGCGCUCUCGCACGUGAUUCAGCUGAACACAGGAAAGCGAUGCUUGUCACACGUUUGAGGGGCCUUCAAGCCGAACAAUAUGGUGAAUGAUUUGAUGAUACGCAUG